AUGGAGCAACAGAGCGAUAUAAUCUGCCAGGAGCGCGGCCUGCGCAACUCUCAGGCUACUCGCCGCAGCGCGCUCAGUCCCACUCGUCUCCAACUGAAAAGAGCGAGCGAUCGCAUGUCGCAACAAUUGACACGAGCCAAGACGAAGGCGUACAUAGCGCAUCUGGAGAGAACCACAGCCCGGUUGACAGAGAUGCACAGCGACCAUGGUUCUUCAGUCGCCCAACAAUUGAAGGAGCAAUUCGAUGAGAUUAGCGAACUGAGAGACACCAUCGCCCGCAUAGCAAAACUUGCCACCGGCAUUGGCAGUUCCGUUAACAAGACCCAGUCGGCAAAGGAUCCGGCCAGAGCAAAGGAGACUCCCUCCUCCGGCCAAUCUGGCUCCGCGAACACUUUCAACCCAGCUUCUCAUCCCAAUCAGGAGUCAUUGCAAGAACUUUAUCCCAUGCUCGACGUUGCUUGUGGCGACCGGGAACGAGAUUAUUUCCAGGUGCUUGACGUUGCUUUCCAGAUAAUUGAGCGCAAUCACGCCCGGCACGUCUUCUCAAGUGCCGAUGUCGACGACGACAUCAAUAUUAGGGCUGUUCUGCACGGUUGGGACGCCGCCAGAGCCAAGAACCCUCUCGAUGUGGGAUGGCAAUUGCUGCAGGGUCUGGACGAGGGGUUUUUCUUUCGCAGUGGGCAGGUUGAAAGAAUCGCUAUUCUUCGUGUGAUCAGAUCUGAACUUAUGGCCAAAAUCAACCCGGAGCUCCCUCCAGAAAGGAGACCUCCAGCCUACAUGAAUCCCAGCGCUUUGCAGUCUCAGGUUGAGCAUUCGAGGCUGGUGGACUUCUUCGUCUGGCCUGACGUUCGCGACUACUUGAUAGUAAGUGGGAUUAGCUACGCCCCUGAGAGCCUUGCCGCUCAAUUUGCAGCUGACAUCGGAUUGAAAUGGUCAUACGAUGUGAGGGACACAUGCAAUUAUCAGCUCUCAAAGGGUAUGUAUACAUUCUCCAAGAUUUUUAACGACGUCUAUGAGAAUCUGGACUCAUGGUACAUGAAAUCUCCCGCUGUCUCGAUAUAUUUACCCCCCUUGUCGCCUCAACAAUCUGCGGAGGAAUCGAAGGAUGAUUGGGCAGGAAAUCUGGUUGAGGAGGUUCUACACUCAAAUACACCUCAUGAGAGACUCCCGCAGACUCAGGCUUGGGAUGGUUAUUGGGGAGGGAUCUGGUUUGGUGAAGACCUUUUGCUCCAAUAG